AUGGAGUUCCCCACAACAGGAAAUCGUUGCUCUUGGAAGGAAUGCAAACAAUUAGAUUUUCUAUCAACACCAUGUGAUCAUUGUAAAUUAGAAUUUUGUAAGGAACAUUUUCACGUAAUUUCACAUUCGUGCUCUCAAUUUGUCGACAAUGUUGCAACAAAUAUGGAGAAAUUAACAUCCUACUGUUGUUCGGAUAUUUCUUGCAGUCUAACGUCUGUGAUUGAGAUGCCAUGUAUUGUAUGUAAAAAACACUUUUGUCUCGCUCAUCGUUAUCAUGGCUGUUUGGAAUUGAGUGAAGAGGAAAAAUUACAAGAGAAGAAAAAAUGGGACAAACCAAAACAAGAUUUUGCUGAUGCAAAAGCUGCCGUCGAUCAAACGAUAAAGGAGAAACUUAAAAAAUCAAAAAAUUCCGCAAUGGCCAUUAAAGUGCAACUUAUGAAAUUAAAAGGUAGUUCCAUCGGUUCCCAAGGAAUACCAACGGCUGAUCGACGUUACUUUCUCGUUUAUUAUCCCACGAGUACAAAAAAUGCUGGAAGCUCGAAAGGAGCAUUUGUCUCGAUAAGCUGGUCAAUGGGAAAGACAAUUGAUUCAAUUGCUGAUUUAUUAGGUAUUCCAAACUCCAAUAAUGUAUCAACUUCAAAGAAAUUACGAAUAUUUCACCACGAAACUGGUCUCGUUAUCUCGGAGAAAAUGGAUACACUUCUACUGGAUCUUUUCAACAGCAAAGAUUUAAUUGACGGACAAAGUAUAAUUUUGGAAUAUUGCAAUGAUCACAAAUUAGAACCCUCUAUUUAUAAAAGUAAAACAUUUUGAUGUUUUUUUAAUUACUGUUUAAUAACUCAAUUACUACUAAACAAUACAAUUUUAUAUAUUUUUUCUUCUAAUUUCUAUAUGUUUAUAAGUGAAAUAAAAAAUCUUGAUUACUAAAAUAUAAAAUUUUGUCUCAAAAUAUUGUAAUUUGUAAAAUAAAUAUUGUAAAGAAAACGAAAUUUAUUUUCAGUACAAAUUUUAUUUGAGCGAAUAUUUCCAAAAAGUCUUGUAUGUCUAUGCUUGACUACUUACAGCUAAAAUAAUUACAAUCGAAUAUGAUCAACAUUUGGUCGAGUAAAGUAAAAAAUACUAAAAUUUGAACAAAUUACUCAUUUUAUAAUAUUAACUGCAGUAAACUAAUUUUUCUUCUAAUAAAAAAUAGACUCAGUACAUUUUUAGAAAUUAUCGAGUACAUUUCAUUAUUUUUUUUUCACUGGCAAUUAUCAUCAUCUUAUACAAUAAUUGUAGUUCUUUUUUUCUCGUUACUAUUAUACAAUUAAAAAUAAUUCUAUUGUUGUCAUUGUACAAUUAUAAAUAAAUUGUAUUGCUACAAUUUUACAACUUUAAAUACUGGUAUGAUUACAAUGUUUUUUUUUCAAUUAAUUUUACUGCAGUGCGACUUAGACUUUAGAUUUUAUAAGUUUUUAUGAUAUUAAAAACUAUAUAAAGAACCUUCUACAAGAUCAAUAUAAUUAUGAAUUACUUCAAUACUGUUCUUACAAUUUUACCAUUAAUAAAAAAUACAAUACAGCAUGUGACAUGCAUUUUAACAAAGAAAUUCAUACAUUCACGCAAGUUUAUUGUCAGAUUUAUUAAUGGACAAUUAAAAAAAAAAUAAUAAUCAUAAUAAAUCUGAAAAAUAUGUGCAAGGAAUUUUGGCACAAGGCUCUUACAAAUAUAUUUUUGUAAAUUUGUAUAAAUUUUUCAAAUUUCACAAUUUAUAUUUGAAUGCCAAAAUAAAUUUGUGUGCGCAAUUUCCUGUGCGUUAAAAAACAAAAUAAAAUGUAUAUAAAAUAAACAUAUAUGUCAGUCAAUAGACAAUCGAAAUUAUCCACAAAUGCGUGAAAUGUUAUUUUACAAACAAAACAAAAAAUAAAAUGAACCUGCGCUGAUGGCAAUAAUCUCUCAAUUCUCAAAAUAUUAAUAAAGCAUUAAUAAUGUUAUUCUUUAUUCUAAAUCUAAUAAUAAAAAAAAAAGAGGGAAAAGAGCAAACGCUCAAUAUUAUAUAUAAAAAUCACAAAGAUUAAGUAAUCUUAUACGAAAUUAAAUGGCAAUACUCGAAUUAUUUUUUACUCUUAGAUUCGAGAGCGCAUAAAAUUAAGGAAUCGAACUAUUCAGAGUUACGAGAUUCAGAAAAGAUUCCUGGCAUUUUAUCUAUACAAAAAUUAGUUUUCUUUUUUAUCUUUUUUUAUCUUUGUUUCUUUUUUUUCUUCUUCUUUCAUCUAUCCAAAAAUA